AUACGAAAUUAGCGGUUUCCGUCACCACGUGAGUAGUCAAAGGAGUUCAUCCUAUAGAGCCCGAAAUCUGCGUACCAUCAUUGCUGGAGCGCUAACUCGUCAAAGCGCAGCGCGGCGUAUGAUUGGAUAAUCGGCACGUCAAUUGUCGGGUCGUUUUACCGUCGAAUGUUCGGAAAUGCGGCGAUGUUUGCUGGCUAACGAACUGGAGCUGUGAAAGUGCUGCGGUCACCUAAGCAGCGUUUCUGUGCUGAAAUCGAACAGUUUGAUUUUGUGGCUGACCGUGCAGUGUGGCGUUUGCGGCUCACGCUGAUGCGUCCUGUUUGGAGACACUUUUCGUGAGUCAUAAUUGUGUGCCAACUGAUGUCAUCGCUCCAGCCAUCGUGUAUCAGCUGUGGCCUGUGAGCAAAAACGAUCACAGCCAUCAUGGAGCCCCCCGUCGAAGUCGGAUUUGGGUCGAACACGUCCCACAGCCUCUCCGUCUCCCCUCCUGCCAUGUCCAUCGAGAAGCUCUUCCCGGCACUGCUGGAAUGCUUCGGGAUCGUCCUGUGCGGAUACGUGGCCGGCCGCGCCGACAUCAUCACAUCGACGCAGGCCAAGGGGCUGGGCAACUUCGUGUCCAAGUUCGCCCUGCCUGCACUGCUGUACAAGAACAUGGUGCUGUUGGACUUCGGCAACGUCAUGUGGUCCUUCCUCUGGAGCAUCCUCAUCGCCAAAGUGUCGGUGUUCGUCAUCGUGUGCGCGCUCACCCUAGUCGUCACCGGGCCCGAAAAUCGCUUUGGCAAGGCCGGCCUUUUCUCCAUCUUUGCCACGCAGAGCAAUGACUUUGCGUUGGGCUACCCCAUCGUGGAGGCCUUGUACAAGAACACACACCCAGAAUAUCUGCAGUACAUUUACCUGGUGGCGCCGAUCUCCCUCAUGAUCCUCAACCCUAUUGGGUUCGCGUUCUGCGAGGUGCAGAACUGGCGGACCAGUCAGGAGCAGCAUCAGCACAAGCUGCGCAUCGUCGCCGUGGUGAUCCUGCAGGUCCUGAAGAACCCCAUUGUCUUCAUGGUGAUCGUCGGCCUGGCCUCUCACUUCCUGCUGGGCCAGAAGAUCCCUACCAUCAUGCAGGAGUUCGUCGACGGCCUGGCUAACUCCUUCGGUGGUGCAGCACUGUUCUACCUCGGCCUCUCCAUGGUGGGCCAGCUCGGGAAGUUCACUCGGUCCACGGUGGUGGCGCUGAUACUCCUCAUCACGGCCAAGCUGCUGGUGAUGCCGCUGAUCUGCCGGGAUAUGGUGGAGCUGUUGGACACGGACAAUGACAGUUCCCACAACCACUCCAGUCUCUCCAACUAUGCAUUCCUUUAUGGCGUUUUCCCCUCCGCCCCAAGUGUGGCCAUCUACGCUGCCCAGUACAAUAUGGAACUUGAAGUUGUGACCUCAGGAAUGGUGAUCAGCACUUUUCUCUCCGCUCCUAUUAUGUAUGUGUCUGCUUGGUUACUUACAAUCCCGUGGAUGGACCCAAAGCCUCUAGUGUCUGCUCUGCAGAACGUGAGCUUCAACAUCAGCAUCAUCAGUUUAGUGGCUCUGGUUUGGACCAUCGCUGUCAUGCUCCUCAGUAAGAAGUUCAAGAGAUUCCCACACGUAUUCACCAUGAACCUUUUCUUGGCACAGUUUUUAGUUUGUAUUGGUAUGAUCUUGUGGAACUUCAUUGUGAAGCAAGACAACUUCAUUGGGCAGGUUCUCACCUUCACUCUCUUGUAUGGAUCCCUCUACAGCACUUACAUAUGGGCAGCACUUAUAGCUUUGGCUCUCUUUCUAAUGAAGAAGGACAACGAACUGAAGGUUCCCGUGUGGAUUUUCCCAAUUGUGGGCUGGGGAGUCCCAGCCCUGAUUGUGGGAGUCCUUCUUAUUGCUGGGGAGCGGAUGCCUGACACCAUCGACUCUGCCUUUUUCUACGGAAGAUCUCAGAUCAUCAGUACUGCUGUGGUUCAGUUCUGCGGUAUUCUGCUGGGGGGCGGCUCUCUUAUGGGCCUCAGCCGGGGCCCCCAGGAUCCAAAUUACCACGUCCUGGAGCAGGACUGCAGCUCAGGUGCCACGGAUGAUGCAGCAGCAGAUCACUGUCCAGAAAAUCAGGCCCCACAGGAAGCAGGACCCACAGAGGGCAGCAUCACCAGAGAGUGCCACAUGUGUGAGUGUGUUCAGCCACAGCCAAUGCCUGACAUGAUUGUCAGCACCAACAUGAGUGACACUCCAUCUGUACAGCCAGAUCAAUGUGACGCCGUGCAGUGCGAGCCUGCGACCUGCCUGCUAGCUCAGGAGGAGGUCCGCCUCCAGCAGCAGUGCGACCCCCAGGCUGCCCGCCACGUGCUCCUCUGCCUGCUGCUCGUCGUCAGCCUGCUGGCAAAUCUGUCCAGCUGUCUGUGGUGGCUAUUUAACCGCGUUCCUGGUCGACUGUAUCUGGAGCUGCAGUUCUUCUGUGCUAUUGCCAAUUACGGGCAGGGCUUUAUUUCAUUUGGUAUUUUUGGGCUGGACAAGCAUUUAAUCAUCCUACCAUUCAAAAAGAGGCUCAGCUGCCUGUGGCCGGGCAGGGGGAGGGCGGAAGACGUCCAGGCUCCGGUAACUGAGGAGGUCAGGCUGACCUGCCUGCAGUUUGUCAGGUACCACAAGGACCAGUGUGCCCAGGACAUUGUGCAGAAGCGGAGGUGUGGAGAGAGGACCAUGGUCGCCACCUUUCUGGGCAGCGACCUGGUGGAGUGGUUGCUGAGGGCGGGCGUGGCGAGGGACCGGGGCGAGGGGCUGCGCUACGGGAGCCAGCUGCAGCAGGGAGGGGUCCUCCAAGCCGUCACCCCAGAGGUCGGCUUCCUGGAUGGCGCCCGGCAUUACCGCUUCACAGAGGACUGCAGGCUGGAGAGACAAGGAGCCACGCGUGAUGCCUGCAUUGAGACUUGGGAUUAGCGUAUUGCAGAAAGGACCAUUGGUUUGGUAGCCACCACGCUCAGAACAUACCAAUUAGACUCUAGAUCACAUUUGUUGCACGGCCUUUAUAAUUCGACGCAAGAGCAACGAAAUGUUUGCACUAACAGUGUUAUUGCUGCACCAUAGACUGGCAUGUAAUUUACGGGACAGAUACAAAUAUCCGCUACAGGUAGCAUCAGGUUGCUGGAUGGACGGCAACAAGAUCAGUGUACUUGUGCCAAGGUGUGACACAGCUGGAAUGAGUUUACAAUUGAAGAUCUCAUCAGAACCAUGACCGUCAAACAUGUAGAAACUGAAGCAUUUAUAAACAUGACAUUUUGCCAGAAGGCACUAGGGGGCGCUUCUCUGAAUGGCCGGACUUAUGAGCUCUCCCACCUACAGCAGUAGCUCUCUACUGCACUCUGUAUUUUAGGGGGCCUGUACUGGACAGCUUGUAAAUCUGUUCACCACGGGCUCGAGUGGUGUCAGUGUUGACCUGGACAUCCCGUGACUCCCACCGGCGAUUCAUGCGGUGAUGCUGCAGCAGAAUCACCCUUUUGUCCUUUGGGGAUGGGGAGAAUCAGUCACAACCUUUAUCAAAUUAAAUUAAUAAAAGUCUCCUCCAUUUUUCUGUUAUAGUAAAUUUCGGAAUUUGACGACAGAACAAUUUAGUUCAUUUCUUUAAAUGUUCAUUUCCGUUAUUGAUUAGCCCCUCUCCUGUGUUUAUGCUGGAGACUUUUUUUCCCCCCAGAAACAGGAGGUGUGUGUGUUUGGGGGGGGGGGUUGAAACAUGUGAUCCCACUAUUUCACGCUCAGGAAGUCAAACACGCUGCCUCUUGCAAGAGACAACUUUAUUUCAGGUUCUAUGCUCUUCAGUUUUGUAAAGGGUUAAUAAAUGUUGCAAUAUCACAAGUUCAACAAUGGGAAUUGUUACAGCACCUGCACCAGGACUGUUCUGGAUUCAAAGGGUAAUCCUGAGUUUCAGCAGGGAGUCCACCUGCCUUGCAUAUACACUGGGACUUGCCAAAGAUGACCUCUUAUGGCAGCUUGCCUUGUGUAACUGCACUGACAAUUACACUUUACUCUCAAUGACUGACAAACUGUAAAUGCAGAUAUUUAUCUCUUUUAAGGUGUCCGUUUUAAUAUUUAACAGCUGUGUACACUGAAAUACUCGGGAUAGUAUUUUGAGUAAAUCUUCCCUACUUAGGCGGGAAGGCUUGCGCUGUGUUGAUAGUGUUACCCCCAGGCUAUGUGGGAUGUGCUCUGUGUCAUUUCACCAUGUUCUUUAUCAUGUACAGACUUAAAAAAAAAUAAAAAUGAGGCAUCUAUGAUAAAAUACAGCUUG